AUAUAUCAAAGGGAGAUUACUCUAACAAGUUUAUGAUUAACUAGCUGGCUCCGAUAACAGAAAAGGCAUCCGUGAGCAAAUGGCCUCGUUUGUCAGUUUCCGCUUACUUAUUUGGUAGCGUCGCCUCAAAAGAAGAAGCAAACUUAAGUUCUUGAAAUGGAGAGACUCCAAAGAUAAUGGAAAAAUAAAGAUUUACAAAGAUUCAACCAGCAAAAUGGGAGAAAAGAAAGAUUUUAUGAUGAAAAGGGCCAUGAACAAAGGCACCUUCAUCAAUGCCUCAAACUACAAGAGUCGUUGGUUUGUGUUAGAUGACACUUAUUUGACAUAUUAUGAUGGAACCUUGGAUAAGCAAGGAAGGCAAAAAGGUGUUAUAGAAUUACGAAAAGUAAAGGCAGUAGAGACUGUUGAGGACUAUGUGCUGGACAAAAAAGCAAAUGUUUUUCAGGUUGUACAUGGUGCCCAAAAGAAUAAUGACAUUUUAACUUUGUACAUUGUGGCACAGAGUGACAAACAAAGACAGGACUGGGUCACACAGCUCAGGAAAGCUGCUGAGAAAUCUGAUGCUCAGUUUAUGCCUAAAUAUCACAAAGGGGUAUGGAUUAAUGGAAACUACACUUGCUGUAACCAAAUUUCCAAAAAUGCCAUUGGCUGUGAAGUUACUUCUACAGAAAAAGAGUUUGGAGGAGCUCCUUCACCCUACCGUGCACCUCCCCCCUCCAUACCCACCCCAGUAGUUCCAGAGCCUACACAGAAGAAAGUUUAUGUAGCCGUGUACAAUUUUACACCCACAGAAGAGGAGGAUUUGGAGCUUGUUCAGGGAGAAGAGUAUGAAAUAUUAGAUGAUUCUCGAGAACACUGGUGGCGAGCAAAAAGUAAAUCAGGGAAGUCUGGUUAUAUACCAUCAAAUUAUGUCAAAAAGAAAUUUGAUUUAGAAAUGUUUGAUUGGUACUAUAAGAGUUUCACACGAGAGCGAAGUGAAGCCGUUCUCCGAGAGGAACAAAGAGAAGGUUGUUUUCUGGUGCGGGAAUCAAGUGCACCUGGCAUGUUCACUUUGUCACUUUACACCUCAGAAAAUGAUGGACAAGUCCGUCAUUAUCACAUAAAGAAGAAUGAUAAAGGGUUCUAUUAUAUAGCAGAGAAAUAUGCAUUUCCUUCGAUCUCUGAACUGGUGCACUACCAUAAACACAAUUCUGCAGGACUGGCUACCCGGUUAAAAUCUCCACCCGUAAGGAGUGGGACAGCAGCUCCAGCAACAGCUGGCUUUAGCUCCAGUAAAUUUGAGAUUGACCCAGCUGAGAUUACUAUUGGGGAGCAGCUUGGUGCAGGCUGUUUUGGAACGGUUCAUGAAGGGAAGUGGCGUGGCAAACGUGUUGCUGUGAAGAUGAUGAAAGAAUCCACAAUGUCAGAUGAUGGCUUCAUUGAGGAAGCUAAAACCAUGACACAAUUAAACCACAACAAUUUAGUACAGCUUUAUGGCAUUGUAACCAAAAAACGCCCCUUAAUUAUUGUUACAGAACUUAUGCAAUAUGGAUCAUUGCUCUCCUACUUAAGGAGACACAAAGCACGACUGUUAAGUAAGACUGCGACAUUACUAGAUAUGUGUUCACAAGUCUGCAAUGGAAUGGCCUAUUUAGAGAAGAGGAAGUUUAUUCAUCGUGAUCUAGCUGCCAGGAACUGCCUGGUAGGACAAAGCACUGUUGUCAAAGUGGCUGAUUUUGGACUUGCGAGAUAUGUGAUAGAUGAUGAGUACACUAGUUCAACAGGGACUAAAUUCCCAGUCAAGUGGGCACCACCAGAAGUACUGAGUUUUACCCGAUUCAGUAGCAAGUCUGACGUGUGGGCAUAUGGUAUCCUAAUGUGGGAAAUAUUUACAGGUGGAGUCAUGCCUUAUGACAAAAUGAAGAAUGUAGAAGUCGUGGAUUAUGUUUGUCAUUCUAGACAACGUCUGGAAAAGCCAUCAAGUUGUCCUGAGAAGAUAUACAAAGUUAUGCUUCAGUGCUGGCUUCAUGAGCCAGACAAAAGACCAUCCUUUAGUGACUUGUUGCAACUUUUAGGUGGAUUACUGGAGCAAGGUAAUUAUCCAUUCAUAAGUACAACGUGAUUGCUUGGUGUACUUGAACACUUAUGGCAUUGCUAACAGUACGCUGCUGAUCAUGGCACUCGGAGGAACCUCAGUGAUCAACUAAUCUUCUGCCAAAGCUACGUUAAACUCUAUUUCUUUUGAAUUUGACCAAAUGUCACAAACGAGCACUUGCAUGAAACCAAACAUGGAGAGAGGAUGUUACAAAUACUUGUACAUUGUUGGAUUUUGCAUUUGAUUAUUAUAUUGAAAGAAGGAUACUUCAUAUGUAUUUAAUUUAGGUUCAUUUGUUGGUCCUUAGUGUACAAAAUUAUGAUAGAUCAAAGUAAUAUAUAUAAAUGUACAUGAUACCACCUAGAAAGCUUGACUGAAUCUUCAUUUUGAAUGUCAUUAAAUAAGCACAUAAUUUUUUCCCCAUUUUUGUAUUCUAAAGUAUUAUUCUUUAAUAUUAAAAAUUCAAUUUUGAUAUUUUUAAUCCAAUGUCUAUUUUUAAAGGGAAAAAUGUGAAAAUUGGUUUAAAUGACAUCUUUGUCCAAGUAUUCAUUUGACUUUUCCAUUUCAAGUUCCUUCAUACCUUUUGAUAAUUAUUUAUUAUAUUUUAUAUAUUAGUGUUUACACCAGUGAUAGAUAUCUACAUGUAAAUUUGUAAUGUAUUUGCAUCAUUCCUACAUUUAAAUUGCAAUCUGUAGGGAGAAGCAUGUUUUAAUUCUACACAAACAUGAUACUGCAUGUGUCUGCACAUUUGCAAAGAUGUUUUGUUCAUAAAUGCUUUACAAUACUGACGAGUGCUUCCAAAUUCUGUGUGCUAAUGUGAUAUUAAAUGAUUACUAUUUCCAAUAAAACAUAUAUAUACUGAUUAUGAAUGCAAUCCAAGUUUUACUGAUCUCGGUCCUGCUAAAUUCAGAUUUAUACCAUAGGAAGCUUGAUCUUUUGAGUGUCUUGCAUAUAGAUCAAAUAUUUUGUGCAUAUUACUAUAAUUACCUCUAUUUUUCAUUCAUCUACUAUUUUGAUAUCUUGCAAGUUCAUUUUAAAAUGCUUUCUAUACAAGAUGAAAAUGAUUACAUUAUAUAUGGAGUUUAAAUUGACAAACUAAUUCAGACACAGCUUAACUGAGAUUUUAGAUAAACCAUAUAGUAUACUUUUACCUAUGAAUGUGGAUCAACUUAAUUGUCUCUGUAUUUCAGAAAGAAUUAAUUUUGAAAGUCUUUCUAUAUAUUUACAAUGUACAUAGUAGAAGGAACUUCAUAUGUACCCAACAGAAUUGUAUUUAUUUUAUUAAUAUAUUUGAAAUGAAUUAUGGACCAUCUUUUUAUAUGUACAUGUAUCUCUAUAAGGGGUAGUUUUAUUGAAUACUUAUGGAACCAAAAAUUGUCUGUGAUGUUCUUGAAAAAGAUUUGUCAAUGUUUACAUAAUACAAAUUUUUUUUUAAAAGCAGAAAACUUUUUGACAGGCCAAGCAAAUGCUUUUCUAGUGCCAUGUGUGCUUUUAUCAUGCAAAUCAUAAUUUAUAUAAAUUAAUCAUAACUUGGUUUCAUUCAUCAUUGAUGAGGGUGUUUUUUAUUAUUUCAGAUUGAUUGUCAGUAUAAUUGAUCUGCAUCUAGAAUGUAAGAGCGAUUUCAGACAUUUAGUUUAAAAAAGUAUACAUUAAGCAUUUUUACAGAACUCUCAAGUUUUUACUGUAAAUAUCAUCAUGUAUAUUUGUAUUGAGCUCUGAAGUAGAAACCAUUUUAAUACCUGAUGUAUCAGACUUUUUGAUACACGUUUUUUCAUGUAUGAAUGGCAUGCAUUCUCCUUUGAAGGGAAUCAUAAGACUGUUAUUACAACCUCUAGGUUUUUAUCACUAUAUUUUUUGAAGAAAAGAAAAUACAUGUUUAGAUACUCAUCUGAUCUGACAAUCUUUGCAGAGGCCAUAUAAGCACAACAUUCAUUAAAAUUUAAUUUACUACAUUUAUUACAAAAAUGACAAGCAUUUGGUCUUAUUUACACAGAACAGUAUCCAGGGACACUGUAUUUGUUGCCCCAAUAACUUUUCUCUUAUGGGUACUGCAGAUGCAUAUAACAUUACUGAUAAUAUACAUAUAAAGAUAUCCACUUUCAUUGCAGUAUUUUGAGGAAUUGGCUUAAAAUAUCCUGUCCUUAAAGUCAGGGUGUAAAAAGCAGUGAAAUGUCAAAUAUUUAUUCAUACAUGUUGUAUCAACACAUUGCACAUGAUACAAGAAUAAAUUGCUUGUAAUGUUAAUGAAUGAAUUCAACUAUAUUUAAAUGUAAAAUGUUAAGUUCAAUAAAAUUUAAGAUGCUGUUCAAAAGUUAAAACAAGACUAUUUAAUAAUAAUCUUGUAGGUUUUAUUAUGUACAUGUAGAUACAUGUAUCCACAUUUUUAAAACUCAUUCAGUCAACAAAUAAAUGAAAGUUCAUGCUGCAUUUCACUAAAUAUAACAAAGAUUUUAGUUGAGGUAAUGACAAAGAACAUGAUUACAUGUACCUGUAUUUUGUUAGAUAUUACAGAUGUGUUUGUUUUUUUUUAAAUACAUGUAUUAGCCUUAUAUUGCUGUGAUUCUGAAUUAUGGAAUUUUUCUUUUGUCAUUACAUUUUCAUUAGCCUUAAGAUCAUUGUUAAUACUAAAUACAAAAUGUACAUGUAUGAGUUUUUCUUUAUAGCAAUGCCACAUUCUUCCUCUAACAGUUAUACUGUUAUAAUGUUUUAUAUUUCUUUGUAAUACAAGUAUAAAACAAU